CUCGAUUCUGAUUGGAUGCAGGGUGUGCAUUAACUCCUGGGGCCGGUUUCACUAAAGUAGUUUAGACUGGUCUUUGGGGUAAGAUGGGUCUUAAGUUCAUUUAUAGACCAGUCUUAUGCAAGUAAGUCAGUUUCACAAAAGUUAAGACCAACUAAUUUUAGACUUAAAAAGUUAGCCACCUCACCCCCAGACUAACACAGGUCUAAAGUGCUAUGUAACCAUGGUAACCAAAAGUCUGUUAAAGUCAACGUUACAGUGCUAAGAGAAAAAAAGAGAGAUGGCACAUAAUUUGUGGUUUGCUGAUGAAAUUAUGGCGAGAGCUGUUAGGCGAGAAAGAAUAUUCAGGGAUCGCACUAACCCGCUGGAAAUGUAUAACCAAGAUGAAUUUAUCAAUCGGUUUCGUUUGCCCAAAGAAGCCAUCCUUAGGCUGACCGAUGACUUGUCAGACUCACUGGGGCCUACAACAGCAAGGAGUCACAGCAUUCCAGCUCUGCUACAGGUUUGCACUGCAGUAAGAUUUUAUGCAACAGGCAGUUUUUUAAAUACUGUUGGUGAUACUCUGGGUUUAAGCAAAGCCUCUGUGUCCCGAGUGGUGCACAGGGUGUCAAGUACCCUCUCAGAUAAGCUUCCAAAAUUCCCAACACAACCUGCAGAGUUGAACAGCAUUAAGAGGGGAUUCUUCAAUGUUGCAAGGUUCCCCAACGUAAUAGGGGCCAUUGACGGGACACAUGUCCGAAUCCAGGCACCAUCGGACCAUGAACAUUUGUUUGUGAACAGGAAGGGAUAUCACAGCCUCAACAUUCAAGCUGUUUGCGAUUCAAACCUAAAGUUUCUUAAUUGUUUGGCCCGCUGGCCUGGAUCGUGUCAUGAUUCGAGAGUCCUACAAAAUUCUCAGCUUUACCAGGCAUUCGAGGAUGGCAUUAUUGAUGGAAUCUUGUUGGGUGAUUCUGGAUACCCGCUGAAGCCAUGGCUCCUUACUCCCUUCUUGAAUCCUACCACACCAGCACAGAGGAAUUACAAUGCAGCUCACUGUUCUACUCGAAACACAGUUGAGAGGGCAUUUGGGGUUCUCAAAAGGCGGUUCCACUGUCUCCAUGGGGAACUGAGGAUGAUACCUCAGAGAGUGUGCAACAUUGUCUGUUCGGCUGUUGUUCUACACAACAUUGCAAGGGAUCUCAAGCUACCUGAUCCUGAAGAAGAGGAGGGAGUUGAUGAACACAAUAGAGAAGAAGAUAACAGAGAAGAUGAAGAGAACCAGCAAGGAGCUGGUCGAUUUGUUCGUCAAAUGUAUGUUGAGAGGAUCUUCAAUGCACGAUACUGAUAUAACUAAAAACUUAAUGAACAACACUUGAACCGUUUAUGUCAUUAUUCAGUUGCUCGAUUUCCUUUAUUUCUUUCUGUUACAAAUGUUAUUAAAUACAAGCACAUAAA